UAUGACACCGCGGGAUUCCGCGAAAUAGUUUCUUGGAGUUGAGAGAAGUGCAGCCAGGGCUGAAUCAGGACAAGUUGACGCGUGUGGGAGCGAACAGAGGCAGAAGCACCGCGGACACGACAGCUGCGUCCCGGAGAGUCCACCGACCCGUGUCUCUGGGGGAGAGAAAGAAUCGAGAGGAAGAAGGGGAAGAAGAGGGAGGACGACUGACACGUCUGUUUUUCCUGGAGAGCUGUUUAUUUGUCCCUCUGCAGCAGAAGACGCAGCCCGGCCACAGUCACAUUGAAGAGGACACGUGUGGAUGGUUGACCACAUGUCUCCUGGGAGGACCGAUCGCAUCCGUGUUGCCCCCCAGUUGUUUUAAACCGGGAUCUACUUCCUGCAGAUCAGCCCCCCGGCUCCUCUCUCUCCGGCCGGCUCUGCCUCAGUGAUGUCGGAGGUGGACAUGUCCGCAGAGUGUGUCCCCGGCGGCCGAGCCCCGGGCCGGACAGAGGACAUGUUGACAGAGAACCAGGAGAACAGGACGCUGCUGAUGGUGGCGAUGAUUUUAUUGGACUUGAACAAAUGUAGCCCCGCGGCUGCCGGCAGGUGUCUCGGGGGUCCUGACGCCGGGGGCCCGCUGGAGAAGGUGGAGCGGGCCGGCGGCCGGCUGGGGGCCGGGGACGGCCGGAGCCCGGGGACCCCCAAGCUGUCCCGGGACAAAGCGGCGCGGAGGCACCAGUCUCCCGAGAAGAGACACUGCUGUCCCUUCCCCGGCUGCGGGAAAGUGUACGGGAAGUCGUCCCACCUGAAAGCCCACCUGAGGGUCCACACCGGUGAGCGUCCCUUUGAAUGUACCUGGCCAGACUGUGGCAAGAAGUUCUCCCGAUCAGAUGAGCUGACACGGCACUAUCGCACGCACACGGGCGAGAAGCGCUUCAACUGUCCAAUGUGUGACAAGUGCUUCAUGAGGAGCGACCACCUGACUAAACACGCCCGGCGACACGCAGGCUUCCAGCCCAGCAUGCUCCAGGGCUCCAGCGCCGCCAAGAGACGGCGCUGCUCCACGUCUGUGUCGUCUGAUUCUGGAGACCAAAGCCCUGCAGGGGUGUGAGACACACCCACAUACUGUACAUACAUACAGGUACACGUAGUAGAAACCGAGGCAUACACAAACAUGCACACACCCAUACGUCCUUUCCAGACAGACAACCCAACCAGCCAGACCACUAUCCAGAGAGUUCCUGUGCAGGAACCAGUGUGCAAAACAGUUUCAGCCUGACUGUUCUCAAAAUCCAGUUUCCCUCUCUUAUUCCCUGAGAUGACUGCUAUUUAUUAAAGGUUAUUCAGGGUCAAUCAGACAGGUCGACUUGUUUCACCAUUUGCAAUAAUUUAUUUUGUUUUCUGUGUUUAUUUUUUUUCCACUGGAAGAAUCCACUGUCGGGGUGGAUCCAUGUACAUAUAUAUACACAGUCGUUUUCAUAAACACUACAUGUUUUCACUUUGCAUCACCUCCUUUGUAGGUGAAAACAGGAAAACAAGUCGACUUAAUCUUCUGACUGAGAUAUUCCCAUCGUGAUUUGGGAAUAGUCUUAAAGCAAACGCUAUUGUUGCACACGCAAACACACACUUACACUUGAACAGUUAUUCUUCAGACCAGAACAAUUGUACAGUAUAGCAGCGAUAUCCUGUAAAUAGAUGAAACUACCUUCCAGACGGAUGAUAAGCUCAGUAUCCUGUAGUUAGGUGGCAUUAGAGAGUAAUAGGACAAAGUUAUAAUAUUGAGACUUGCAGAGCUUCUGUGUUUCAUAUACAUUUGGCUGUGGACCGCAGCACCAUUAAUUAACAAUGCUCAUAACACACAGGCAAAUAAAAGUCAUCUUUUGUGUUGCUUUAUCAGACUUGAGUUGUGUCGGUGGUGCAGCAAAGCACUACAGGGUCAAAUUGAAGCGGUAACUUUCUCUCUCCUCCGGGUUCAGACCACAGUGAUCAGAGUGUCGAGCAAGAAUGCCUGUGCCUUUUUUAAGGGUUUUUGUAGCAGAGAGAAAUUUCUACAUUUUCAACUUUUGGGGAAAAACUACAUGAACGAACAUUGUCAGAUUCUUUCCGUUUGAUAUUCAACACCCUGAAUAUCAGCGGCUGUCUUUUAUAAACACCAACAGUGCCAGUUGCUGUACAUUGAAACUAUGUUUUGUUUACUCUGUAACCGUACUGCAUAUUAUCAGGGAAGAAUAAUGUGACGCACUGUCCUUUCAGUUUAAACUACACCCCCUGGUGGCGAUGUGGAAGCACAACAUUUCUCAUGACAGAAAAUCAAAACAACAUUUUUUUUAAUUCUCUGUCCAAGCAUUUUAAGGCAGCCUCUUGUGAUUAUUUAGUCUGUGAAUCAAUGAAUUCCAUCAUGUAGCAUGUUUGUAUGUAUUUGUUUGGUACAAUGUUUUUAUUUUUUAUUUGUCUGGUUAUCUUUUAUAUUGUUACUAAUGGGAUAAGAGGUCUUAUUCGUCCACCACAUUGUCGAUGUCAUUCGUUUUAUUUUUAUACAUAAUGCAUUCAUCAUCCAAAUAGAGUGUGGAGUCAGGUGUUUGCUCACAGAACCCAAACUACUUACAUUUGUUAAGUGAAAUGCUGUUUGUUUGUUUUGUCUCUCUGGCAUUAAGACAACCUUGAUAAGAUGUUGGUGCCUUUCAGGUCAGAGCCUUUUCUUCUGAUGCUACUGUGCUGUAAUCAGGGACUUUCAAUCCAGGUCCCAUGUUAUUGCAAUAUACACACUGUAGCUGUGUGAUAAUUACUGCUCAAAAGAUUUUAACAUUAAAAUGAUUUUUUCUUUUCAA